UACAGUUGAGGUUUACUCAUUUAAUUAUGGACUUCAACAUUUGUCUCUCACUUAUGUCCAGUCCAAUGAAAUUAUUUAUGGUAUUUUUAAACCACUAAUACAACACUUGUUUCUGCAUCCUGUCAUGUGAUUUCCUGUGAGAUGUCAAAUUCAGCUGUGGUUAGUCAGUCUAUGCGUGGACAGAUCAGGCUUCUGCUCCACCUGUCAGAAUGUGAGCAGCACUAACUGGACUCAAGGAACAAAAGCAACUCCAGACCAGCUGCUCAGGGGUCUUCAGUGUAACGCUGCUGUGAGGCCCAAAGCGUUAUAUUUUUAUGCAGAUAGCGGAAGUAAAAGCUCGGGUGGAGAUGUUUGUUGGCAUGCGUUUGUUUCAUGUGAACAUUUUUUAUUGAAGAGGAAGUUCAGGGAGAAAAAAUGGAAGAGCGCAACCCCGUCAGCUUCUCGAGACUCUUAUCAGAUGAGAGCACUAUUUCCACCCUGUCCGCGGACUCCUGUGAGUACUAUCAGACAGAAAUAUUUGACCAGCUGCCCAGCGUUCAGGCCACCCGGGCUGAGCAGAACAGGCCGGAGGAGCAGCUUGGCCAUGGCCACCUGACCAGAGGACCCAGAGACAAGGCGUCCAUGCAGCCGCUCAGGAGCCUGGCCAUGUGUAUUCAGGGGAAGAGAGAUGCCAGGCAGAGGAGGAAGAUGCAAACCAGCAAUAUUGGUUUUUGGGAGUCCUGGAGGCGCAGCCAGAGUAUCUACAGGAAGAGGGCGUGGGAACAGUUGGGAGGAGCUUUAGCAAGCCUGUUGCCAUGGCAACACACUCUCCGUACCAUUCAGGGCAGGUUUGGCAUAGGCGUGAAGGCCUACUUUGUUUUCCUCAGAUAUCUGAUUUUCUUGAACAUACUCUACUGUGCUCUCAUAUGGGGUUUCAUUCUGGGGCCUACAACGUUUUAUGGCAGGAGCAACAACAGUGAACCUUUGAAGUUUGGAGAAAAUGACUCUGUAUUGGAUUUCGUUAUGGGAACGGGCUACCUGAAUCGUUCUUCAGUGUUUGUUGCGUUCUAUAGGCAUGGUUGCCUUGAUUUUACAUGCUUGAAUACACCUCUACUGUACCUCGCUGGAAUCCUCACCAUCCUCUUCCUUAGUGCCAUCAUGGUGGUCCGCAGAACGAUAGUUGGCUACAAGCACACGUGGAUGCUGGGGAAGCGUUACAGUAUGAAUGUGACCUAUAAGAUCUUCUGUGGCUGGGACUUCACCAUCCAGUGUCCUACUGCAGCGACUCUCGAACGCAGCUUCAUCAGAAACGACCUCAAGCUGUUCCUGGAGGAGCAGCGUUUCUCCAUGCGUGAGGCUCGGAGGACGUUCAGACAGUGGGCACAUCUCUAUCUGCUCAGGUUCAACCUCAACCUGCUUGUUCUAUCUCUGCUGAGUGGAGCCUUCUACCUCAUCUACUUUGCCACGGACAAGUCACAGUCACAGUCUCAGCGGCACAUGUCACCGUUGGUCAGUCUGCUCCUCCAAUACCUCCCUCCAUUCACCAUCACUUUCGUCAACCUAUUCCUCCCUCACAUCUUCCGUAAGAUCUCAUCUUUUGAAGAUUACUCUUUCACCACGCAGGUCAAUAUCACCCUCAUGAGGAGCAUCUUCUUGAAGCUGGCCUCCCUGGGGAUCUUCUUAGUUUUUGUCAUCAGAAAAACUAAGAAGAGUGAAUGCAGAGAGAACGAGAUUGGUAGAGAGAUGUACAAGCUUUGCAUCUUUAACUUCCUCACCACUUUCUGCAACGCCUUCCUCUUGAACUACCCCAGGAAGGUGCUGCAGGAGAAGUACCCCUCAUCCUUACUGGCCCGGCUGUCAGGGAAACAGCACUUUCUGAUCCCUUUCAAUGUGCUGGAUCUGGUGUAUAUUCAAACAGUGUCCUGGGUGGGAGUCUACUACUGCCCUCUGCUGCCUCUGAUAGGAAUUGUCAUACUGAUAAUGACGCUCUACAUCAAGAAGUUCACGGUGCUGCGGUGCUGUGUGGCAGAACAGAGGAUGAUUCGAGCCUCCAACUCCUCGGUUUUAUUCCACUUCAUGCUGCUGCUCGGCCUCCUCAUGGCUGCAACCACUCUGAGCAUAGAAAUUUUCCUUUCCGGGAGCUUUUCAUCGUCCUCUUGUAGUCCAUUUGGAGAAGGAAAAACUGUGUUUAAUGCGACUGAAAAGUGUGUGAAAAGUCUCCCUAGCCUGGCACAGUCUACUCUCCACUACCUGGCAUCUGAGGCCUUCGCCAUACCGCUCCUACUAGCUGAGAUUAUAAUCUUAACCUCAUAUAUGUCACGGAGACGAGCCAAUCAGAAGGCCAUCGAGAGACUGAAAGAUAUGCUGGUUAUGAGCAGUUCAGAUAAGCGUUUCCUGGUGAAACAGCACACCACAAUGCUCAGACGUCAUAAGAACCCCCGCCAAGUCCGUUCUGCAGGCUUCGAGGAGGAUGUCCCCCUCAGCCACUAUAACGACCCCACUCCACACAGUUAAACUCUGUAAAGUCCCCAAGCUGUCAGGCCUGUCUUGCACUUAAAAAUAAAGUCUUGCUGAAACAUUUCAUUGUCUUGAAAGUCAAGAACUCAUACUUUUCCAGUUACAUUAUAUACAAAUCUGCACACUUUUUUGAGAUGUUUUUCUACUUUUGGUCAUUUUGACAUCCUUUUUAUGUGCUUAAAAUGCUUGACAAUUUAGUUUUUUAAUGUCUUAUCAUUUCAUUUUACAGUGUUGUCUUAUAUUUGUAGACUGUGAGAUCUCAGUUUUUUCAUUGUAAAUGAAAUAUAAAUGAAUGUAUGUGUAUAAAUAUAUUUAUAUUAUACUCAGUAUUUCUAGUUGUGCUCCAAA